CGUAGACGUCGUACGCGGCGUAGCAUAGCCGUGGUCCUCGUAGCGUUACGCGUUCCGAGUAAUAUUGUGCGCGAAGUUACUAAAAAAUAUUCUGUGUGCACAGAAUAAAUUAUUGUGUGUGGAUUAUUUUGUGCUACUACAAUUAUUGUGUGGAUUUUGUGGUUGUGUCGUGUUACGUGGUUGGGAUAUUUUUAAUUAUCCAGGAAAAGGCUAGCAAAUUGCUGAGACACAAUCAAAGGUGGGUGAGGCUAUUGACUGCUACUUCCAUCUGGAGGCGACGCUAUUGAGACCCCUGGUGGGUCCAUCUUGUACUGUAAAUUUGGAGUGCUCUUCGAGAGCCUGCACGCUAAUACAGACUAGCCUGUGAUCGUGAAAAAUGCAACAAAAACGGCUGGACAGAUGAACUCUAUGGCUCCGAAUUCAAGGGGCUGACAAAAUGACUCCGGCUGGCCUUAUGGUCUUCUGUUCACUUCUCACGAGGACGCUAUGUGUCAUAGCGCCCCAGUUACCAGAUUUCAAGAUAGGUGACAAGAAAGUAAUCACCGGUCCGUUCUGGCACGAGGUGUUCACGGAAACGUACGAGGAUCAAGAUGAGGAUAUAUCCACAACAACCUUGGAGCCGCUGCCUUUCUUUGAAGACGAUAUUUCAACAAACAACGUGACAGCACAACUAGGUAGCAGAGUGCAUCUACAUUGUAGAGUACAUGAUCUGGGAGAGAAAACGAUCUCUUGGGUCCGGCGUCGUGGUGAAGAUUUGCAUCUCCUGUCCUUCGGCACUCAUACAUACUCAGCUGAUUCGAGAUACUCACUAGCCUUCGAGCAUCCGAAUGAUUGGCGCCUGCUCAUACAGUACGUGAAUGAAAGAGACGAAGGAUUCUACGAGUGUCAGAUAUCGACGCAUCCGCCUUUGGUCAGGCGGGUGCAUCUUACUGUUGUUGUGCCAAAGGUAGAAAUAAUCGACGAGCGUGGGCGACCCCUUCAAGAUAAGUUCUACAAAGAAGGUUCCAUUAUCGAGUUGCGUUGUAUAGUGAGCGAAGUGCCGCAACCUACACGUCAAGUCAACUGGAAGCACGGCGCGAGACUGUUGAACUACGACACAAAGAGAGGAGGAGUUAGCGUGAAAACGGAAGCAACAUCAAACGGCGCACUCUCAAGACUUUACAUAGCGAACGCGAACAGAAACGAUUCUGGGAACUACACGUGCUCAUUAGCAGAUGUGGCGGCGUCGGCUGUAUCCGUACAUGUAUUGAGAGGGGAGAAUCCUCUCGCGAUGCAGCGUGGUGGCGCCGCCAGUCUUUCGUUUCCAUUGACGGCUUUGUUCAUCGCGUUGGUUAGCUGACACAUAGCUGAUCCGCGGUGGAUGCAUAACGCGUGUAAUUAGGUAAAACUACGAGUUAUAAUCGCUAGGGUAAAGUUUCUUGUGGUAUGAUCAGAACUUUUGGUUGCAAUUAAAGGGUUUUCGUUUUCUAAAAUUUUCGGUGAAUGUCUUUAAUUUUAAAAGUGAAUUUAAUAUAAAAAAUAAGAAUAAAUACAUAAUAAAUUAUAACUGUAUCUUUCUAAUAUAAUAAAUAUAAUAAAAUUGACGAUAUAUAUAUAUAUAUAUAUAUAUAUAUAUAUAUAUAUAUAUAACUCGACGAUAUCUGUACAUGAGAAGUCUUAAUUUUUUUUUCUUUUUCUAGUCUGCUAAUUGGCAAUCUGUUCCUUAUAGAACAAUAAUCCAAUCUGUUGUUUGGAUGUCAGGUUUAAAUCUUGUUAAUAUAUGAUGAGGCCAAUUCAUUAACCAGCUCUCAGUCUCUGUCUGUAAAUCUUUCUACCAGUCCUUGGAUACUGGUAGAAAGAUUUACAGACAGAGAUUGAGACAGACAAAGAAGUCUUAAUAAGAGUAAUAGAAGUCAAAACAAUAACUUUUAGAAAUUUUGUCUGUCUGUCCAUCUGUAUGUUUAUUCCAUUAUUACACAAAAACUACUAGACCAAGCUGUAUUCGGUUAUCAAAGUUAUGUUCUUGAAGGUUUAACUUAAAAUAUGCUGUGUGUUUUAUCUUAAUGUAACUAAAAGUAGUCUAUUUAAUUGAUUUUCAUACUUCUUAAAUUCCACGUGUAUGAGGUAGCCGGCAAGAAGUUAGUAUGAAAUAUAAUAUACCAUAAUAUUGAAGAUGAUGUGGCUUCCGUAUUGUCCGGGCAUAGAAUAGGCCACCCAUUCCUUUCCCGUGGGUGUCGUAAGAGGCGACUAAGCGAGGGCGAAAGAUGGGCAACAGCGUCUCUCUUAAAACGUCUCCAAAGCCUAACUGCACUUGCUAAUCUGCCUGCCAAGCAUGGCAACUACUGGCAAAACCUCCCAUGGGGGAGGCUUUAGUUCAGCACUGGACAGUUGAAGGCUAAUAUGAUAAUGAUGAUGAUAACAUUGAAGAUAUUCUUGAAUUUUAAAUUUGUACCAUACAGUAUUAAGAAAUUUAAUAAUUUAUUAAAUAGACAAUAAAAUAUAUGUGCAUAUAGUUAAUUGACUAUACAUGGUGUUCCUAUAGACAUAAUAAUUUUACGAAACUUGACGAAUCUCACUCAGAAUAAUUUAUAACAAUUUUCUCCUAACAAGUCUGUGUAAAUUUAGCAACAGAUUA